GAGGGCUAGGAUUUCAAUAAGGAAUAAACCCGCCCAUUCUCUCUUCCUUACAUCCUCAUCUUUCUUCCUCUUGGCGCGUGCCUCUCUCUUUUUCUCUUUUUGAAUUUUAAGCACACUUGAGAGCUCCGUUGCUGAUUCCUUUGCCUGCAUCGGAGAGGGAAGAAACACUUGAGAAUGGAGAGGAUUCAUGUGAGUGUCCGUGCAAGACCCCUCUCCCUUGAGGAUGCCAAGACUAGCCCUUGGAGGAUCUCUGGCAAUUCAAUUUUCAUUUCCAAUCACUCCUCCAAGUUUGAAUUUGAUAAAAUCUUUAGUGAACAUUGCAAGACCGUGGAAGUAUAUGAAAGUCGUAUUAAAGAAAUCGUCGCUGCUGCAGUUCGCGGAUUCAAUGGCACUAUUUUUGCUUAUGGGCAAACAAAUAGUGGGAAGACUCAUACGAUGCGGGGCUCAAAAACAGAGCCAGGAGUGAUUCCUCAAGCCGUGCAUGAUUUGUUUCGGAUGAUUCAAAAGGAUAUAGAUCGAGAGUUUUUGCUUAGGAUGUCAUACCUGGAGAUUUACAAUGAAGAUAUCAAUGAUUUAUUGGCUCCUGAGCAUCGUAAACUUCAGAUUCAUGAAAAUCUAGAGCGAGGAAUAUAUGUAGCUGGGUUGCGCGAAGAGAUUGUCGCCUCGCCUGAGCAUGUGCUUGAUCUCAUGCAGUUUGGAGAAUCUCAUAGACACAUUGGGGAUACAAAUAUGAAUUUAUACAGCAGUAGGUCUCAUACUAUUUUUCGCAUGAUAAUUGAGAGUAGGGAUAGAAGAGAAGAUGAAGGCAAUGGAAGUUGUGAUGCUGUUCGUGUAUCAGUGUUGAAUCUAGUGGAUCUUGCUGGUUCAGAACGUGUUGCAAAAACUGGAGCAGAAGGUGUUCGGCUCAAGGAGGGUUCUCAUAUAAACAAAAGCUUAUUGACUUUGGGAACUGUCAUUAAAAAAUUGAGUGAAGGUGCUGAGAGUCAAGGAGGUCAUGUUCCUUACCGAGAUAGCAAGCUUACACGAUUUUUGCAACCUUCACUAGGUGGAAAUGCUAACACAGCUAUGAUAUGCAACGUUACACUUGCACAAAUACAUACAGAUGAAACUAAAAGUAGCCUCCAAUUUGCAAGUAGAGCAUUGCGUGUCACAAAUUGCGCUCAAGUGAAUGAGAUUUUGACAGAUGCUGCCUUGUUAAAGCGUCAAAAGAAAGAGAUUGAAGAGCUUCGUGCUAAAUUGAUGAGUUCUCAUUCAGAGCAUCUGGAAGAGGAGAUUUUGAACCUUCGGAAUACAUUAUUACAAACUGAAUUGGAAAGGGAACGCAUAGCUUUGGAAUUGGAGGAGGAAAAGAAAAAUCAAGCUGAAUGGCAGAAAAGAAUAAAGGAGCAAGCAAAGAAAAUUGAAAAUUUAAGCUCAAUGGUUCUGUUUUCAAAGAGGGAUGAGACAUGUGAAAUUAUUAAGAAGGACAAGAGACGGGAUACAUGGUGUCUAGGAAAACUAUCAAGGGAGAAUCCAAGAGAUGCCUGCUCUAGCAUCCAAUCAAAUGCUUCUACUGUAAAACCUGGAAGACAGAAGCAAUGCAUUGGACCACUUGUUCCUUUUGACGAACUUAUGAUUGAGGAUGCUUUUGUGGAGCAGUCUUCUAACCAAGAGGACAAUAAAAAUGGUGAUAUGAAUGAGGACUGCAAUCUGCCUAACCCAAGUGCUUUAUUGCAUGUAACAAGCAGGAAAAAGAUUCCAUCACGGAAAAGAAGUUUAUCCAUGGAGGAUGAUGAGUUUCUAAAGUUACAGGAAGAAUAUGAGAAUUUGCUUUUAAGAUUUGAAACUCAGAGAACUGCGAGUGAGAUAGAAAUAAAGUCAUUGAGAAAACAGCUAGUUGAGGCAAAUUCUCUUCAAUAUACAGAACCUAUUGGCUGUUUAAAUAGUGCAAAUGGUGUUAACUGGAAUGAGAAUAAAGAUGUGAGUUUCCAAGAGUCAGAAGCUAUUCUUGUCAUCAAGAGACUUGAAGAACAGAUUAAGGUUUUGGAAAUGGAAAAGUUAUCAAGCCAACUUAGAUCUAUGCAUAAUUCGCAUUUCAAGCCCAAAAGAAAGGAUCUUCCAUUUUUUUUUGGGGAGGGGGGGUUGUAUGAAGAGCUUAGUAAAGUACAGAAGGCAGCUCAAGUUGCUAACAAACAACUUGCUUGUGAAACUGAUGAAAAUUUGAACUUUGUGAUCAAUCUUUCAAUGGAAGUUCAAGAAAUAUUUUCAGAUGUACAAAAUGCAAAAGAAGCUGUUCAAAGUGCAUUGUUGAUGGUGGAUGACACCACUAAAAGUUUCUUUGCUCUCUGCAAUGUGUUUAAUGAUUUUAAAACCUCAAUAUCUCAGCAUGUUGCAGAACUAAGUGUAAUCUUGAGUAACUACAACCAGUUGAAUUCUUGCUCAAGACAACAAAUUUCUGAGCUUGAGAAUGAGAAGAUUCUUCUAGACAACCAAUUAGCUGAUCUUCAAAAGCAGCUUCAGGAUUCAAAAGUGGAUUUUGAGAAUUCCCAAAGUUCUUUAAUGAAAUGCAUUGAACAACAGGAAUUGCAAAAUGCAGACCUGAUUUCACAUAUCCAUACACUUGAAAAAGAAAUAUCAGUUUUAACAUCAUCUUCAUUGGUCAAGGAAAAGGAAACAUUCAGAAAAGAUCUUGAGAAAACAAAAUCCAAGUUGAAAGAAACUGAGUCUAAGCUUAAGAUUGCAGUACAAGAGAAAACAAAACUUGAGGGUGAGAAAGCCUCUAUUGAACGUGAGCUUAAACGGUUGCAUGGUCAGAAUUCUCUUCUUGAACGAGACAUUAAUAAACGUGAUUCACUUGCUGGUAGAAGACAUGAGGUGUUUGAUCCCAAAAGACCAAAGAGUCUUGCUUCUUCUCUUGAGCAAACAUUACAGGAAGAGCUCAAAAAGAUGGACGCUUUUGCAUUUGAAGCAGAAUCAAGAAUCACUUCUUUGGAAGAAGAACUGACAGCUGCAUUGAAAGAGAAAGAAGAGGUGAAAUUUAGCAAUGAGGAUUUAACUUCACAGCUGGAAGGCUUGAUGGAAAAGCUGAAUGAAUCAAACUCUGAACUGUACAAUUUAAAGGAAGAGAUUUCUGUUCUUAGACAAAUGUUGGAGGAAUCUGAUCAAAGGCAAGAAAAAUUGAGAAGUUCUAUCAAAGUAUUGUUGGAAGAAAAGGAGGAGCUGGCAAUGCAACUCACAGAUUCCCUUUUGGAAAUAGAGGAGGAAAGGGCAAUAUGGUCUGCAAAGGAAAAGGCUACACUUCUAGCCAUAGAAGAACAAACAAGAAAGAACAACAUGCAAAUUACAUCAUCGUCAAAAGAGUUAUCAGAAGUAAGAAAUGAACUAGCUUCCUGUAGAGAAGAAUGUCAGACACUGCAAAAAAGGUUAACUACUUCAGAUGAAAGUGGACGUCUCAUGGAAAAUAUCAGAGAAACAACUUUGGAGUUAGACCAGCUAGAAAAUCACACUGAAACAAUCAAUGCUGAGAGCAAACAAUCACGAGAAAGUCCAAAAGCCAAUUCAGAGAUGCCGUUGCCAGAGCCGCGUGGCAGUCUUGAGAAAGAUAACGCUGAUGAUAAUCUAAGUGAGCUUUAUGUCCUUGUUAAAGGCGUUGAUCUCUCAAGUCAAAGCCAAGAACUUUCGAAUGAGUUUCAGAAACUCAAGAACGAACUUGCUGUUGCAAUAAGCGAAAGGGAUAAAUUGGCAUGUCAGAUGGAAGACCAACAGAAACAUGUUACAGAAAUGGAAUUUCUGCAAAAGCAUUGCCAAGCUCAGUUGUCAACAGCAAAGAACCAGGUUGAGGAACUUAGUCAAAAAGUUUCUUGCUAUGAAGCAAAAAUGCACGCGGAUAAAGUAACUAACAACAAAGAGACGACCAAACUUCGAAUGAUGCUCCGUGGAACAAAGGCAAGGCUAGAUGCUAUCCUCACUCGAUAUAGAGAAGUAGUAGAUGAAUCAGAUUUAAUGCAUAGGAAGUUUGAGGAGGCAGCAGCAAAGCUGAAGGACAAGUUGGCUACAAAAGGAAUAGAGGUCCUUAAUCUAAAGAAGCAACUAGCUGCAAAAGGAAUGUAAAAAAUAUUUGUAUAGAAUUUUGUACAGGAAACCAUGCGUUUCUUAGUUACAAUAUGAAAAUAUAUAAAUGAUGGUUAUUUGGUUCUCAAAAUUGAUUAACUAAUGGUAAAUAUAUAUUUUCUUUUA